GUAAAGGAUGAUUAAAAGCCUUGUGAUGAGAUGAACCGCACAAAGAAAGCCCAUAACACUAUACUUUAGAUUUUGCUGGGCUCCGUUGCUGGAUAAGAAGGCGAAGUUCAUUCAUUAUCAAAGGUGAAAGGGAUAUUUAAAGACGACAUACGAUCACCCAUUGUGCUGUCUGAAGAAAGUGGAGUACCUGGAGGAAUAGUGAUAUAAACAACAAAAUGAUUUAAAGGAGAAGCAAAGGCUAAAACUAAGUUCAUGGAAAACGCCACCUUUUUUUUAAAAAAUCAAGUAAAUUAUUCAUGGAGUGGGGAUCACAAAUGUAGCGAGGAUGGAAAAGAAACUAUUCACAGUACAGAAACGAGGUGAAACACGGGCCCUUUGUUGGGGAAUCGGAAUGAUGGCUUGCUCUGUUAUGAUGUCUUCUGUUUUUGGAUUCACAGUGGUGCCAAAAUAUUUAAAGAGCGUCUGGACUGAAGAAUCAGUUUGCACAGUGGCCAAUUCAUCCUUCAAAGAUAACGUCAGCUGCACUUACAAUACGAAUGCAGAGUGUGAUAAGAGCUCAUAUUACCCCUGCCUUGAAGUGCUUGUAAAUGUGAAUUUCUCACAGGAUAUAUACAUGUUAUAUCACACAGAGGAAACUCCAGAGAUGAAUGACCAGUGCUCAUACAUACCCAAAUGUGACAAAAAUUUCACAGAAGUAAAAAUGCACGUCAAUAUCAUUUAUGAAAACUUCAGGAACAGCCAGCCUUUCACUUGUUUCUACGACCCAAAACGAAGACAGAAGAGUAUCAUUUUGUCACGAAAAUUUGGCUUGAAACUGUUACUUUCGUAUUUCUUCUGGCCUGCUUCCCUGUUCAUCGUUGGGAUUUGUAUUGUAAUUAUGGUGAAGAUAAGUCAAUAUCUGGCCAUGGUGUCUAUGCAGUGCAACAAACUCAUUAUUAGAUAAUUUGCUCUCUUUCUGAAUAUUUCAGGGGCACUUACGUUUACUCUACAAACAUACCACUUUUUUUUUUACUUAAAUACAGUAAUAUACAGUAGAUGCAUAAAAUCAAGCCAACGGCAAAAAGCUGGAUGGAUGUUUGGCCUUGAUUUCAUAUAAUCAUUCAGGGGCUGAUUUAUCAAAGGUCGAAUAUUUAAAGGAGAACUAAACCCCCCAUUGUGAUAAGUCCCCACUGAC